AUGAAUUACGACGUUCGCGAGCUGCUCCAACAGGCAUUCAACGACGUUGACCCCGGGCACGCCACGGCGUUCGACCUGAUGGGCGGCAAUGAGAUCCGCGCAUGGAUUGAGGACCUAACCGAAGUAGAGCAGGCAAACAAGGGUUUCGAAAUUCUCAGCGGCGUUGCAGGUGCCACCGGAACAGGCAAGACGUCGCGCUUGAACGCCCUGCUCGAGUACCCGGAGCUGCUUGCUUCAAGCAGCACCGAUGCCGCAACGGCAACUGUGUGCCGGACUGCGUGGAAUCGCGACGACGCAGAAGGCCAUGAGUUUAGGGCGGACGUCAAGUUCCGUACAAAAGAAGCUGUCGUGAAGGCGCUGAACAAAAUUUUGACGGCGGUCAAAGACAGAAAGGAGCCAAGUGAGCAAGAGUUCGAGAGCGAGGAUGAGCGGAUUGAAGCCAUUGAGGAACUGACCGAUGUCAUCUCCCGAGGUAUCAACAAAAUUUGCGCCGUCUGGGCCCUUGACGAGGGCGAAAUCGAGGACAUGGAAUACAUUGUGGAAUCAGUUACGGCGGACAACGAACAGAUCGUCGGGCUCCUGGGCACGGGGAUUGCUGUCUACUCGUCGGAUACUGAUGAGUUUGCUGCUGAAGUUAAGUCCUACUUGGAUUCGACACUGACACCAGAGGGCAUCCCAGCCUGGCCGCUCAUUGAGGGGAUCAGAAUCGACGUCAAGUCGGAAAUACUCAAGCAUGGCAUCAUCUUGGUCGAGGACCGAUCCGCUAUGGUGGAACACUACUACCAGAAGCUCUCGGUCACGGCCAUCGUGACUCCCGCCAUUCGAGCGGUUGACUUGAAGACGGGCGUAAAGCUGAUGGGCAACUACCAAGAGCUCCGCAUGCAGCUCAACGGUAAAUAUCACAAAGACAAUAUUUGCGUAGUCAUCUCCAAGAUCGACGACAUGGAGGUCGAUGUUUUUUGCAAGGACGACGCAGCCCAGCUCGAUCGUUCCUUGUCAACGCUUGAGAGCCGGAGGAAGCUUCGCUGCGUUGGAAUUCGCAACCAGUACAUUAAGAAGCGGAUCCCAGCGGAUAUCUUCCACCGCCAGAAGAAGCUCGUCGGCCUGGCAGAGCACAACAGGGACAAGUAUGACAGGUCCGCCGAGGUGUUUCCAGUUUGUGCGUCUGGGUUCAGCGAUCUGCUCAAAGGCAAGAAACCCCAGCCCGGGUUCCCCUCUAAGUUGUACACUGGCGUGCCGAGGCUGCGCCAAUGGCCGAGAGAGGCUAUCCUCGCUUACCGCGAAGAGCAUUGUGACAUGGUGUUGCGCGAACUCCAGCGGUUGCAUGACGGCAUUAGAACCUGGUCAGACGACCGCAGCCGCGGCAUGGUGCGGUUCUCGCGCAGGGAGAUUGAGUCCUUGUUGCAGUCUAGCCAUAAGAGAUACCUCAAGAGAAUUACGGUAGAUCUUAUUCGUAGUGUCGACGGAAUAAAGAAGUCGAGCCCUCUGCGCAACAUGGCGGAGAAACUUGCAACCUGCAAGCCUUUGGAGGUGAACGCUGUCUCCCGCUGGGCAUACAAGUACCCGGACGACACGAAUUCCACUAAGAUGGCUUGGGUGACAUACCAAGCUAUCCUCAAGAAAUACGGGCGUCCAUUCCAAAGCAACGGGGCUGGCCGCCCGUUCUAUGACUUCUCACUUGCACACGGCACCCCUUUCCUAGACCGCCUCCGUGAAGACCGGCUGCAGUUCUUCCAAGUCGAACUCUCCAAAGCCGAGGAGCCACUUGUGGAGGAGACAGCCGAAGUCUGGGCGAAGAAAUCGCACCGACAUUCACCCGUCUUGGAGGCCACCAACAAAUCCCUGGACGACAUUUGGAUGGAGCUUUCGGCGAGAAUCAUGGCGUUCAUCAAGGCGAUUUCCGAAGGCGCGUCUCAAAUCCAUCCGCUCUUCAUUGACUCCCUUCGAACCGGCCUCGUACCGCAUUUCAUCCAAGCCCUCAGGAUAAAGGGCAGAAACCACUUUGAGCUCCGCCAAUCGCACCUCCGUACGGCUCUCCAAGCCCAUAACCCGCAGCUUGUCAGUGAAGGCUACAUGGCUAUGGAGAAAGUCUACGACACGCGCACCCAUCCCCUGCCAUCUGUCUUCUUAACCGCGUCCAAAUCCGCCGUCAACAAGGUCAAGACCCAGAUCAGCCUGCUGCUCAAUGACCUCCACGCGCACGUCAGUGUCGGGCGAGACCGAACUGCGCUGGACAAGAAGGUUAGAUUGCAGAAGGCAGUCAAGGUCCGGGUGCUUGGGAAUGGAAAAGGGGAGGGGAGGUCGGAUAUACAGGCGGAGUUUGUGGAGGUUGUUAUGGAGGACGAUGGGAAAAUUGAGGGAGCUGGGGAGGAGGGAGAGGAGAGCGAGCUUGAUAGUGAUACCGAGGACGAUGAUGAGGAGAUGAAUGAGUGA